UCUCCUCGGUAGUUCCUGGCGCAGUGUCACGGAGCUGGCUGUGACAGCGGGCAGCUACCAUGUAGGCUGCUGGUUCACCACGUGGUCGGGGUACCCUCAAGAACAUUGCUCAAUGGACCUGAUGCCUUCUAGCUCACAAUCAGCGAUAAGAGCAUACAACUGUCUGUAAUAACACUAGUCUUCCAUUUUGUGUGUCCGAGCCAUUUGUUAUGAGACCGUCGCGUUAUUGUCGUAUUCUCCGACGCUGUGUCUUCCUCGUGGCGGGGAUCACGACUGUCCCUGCAGUAUUCUUGAUCUUCGCUGGUGGCGAAGGGGGAGUGGACCGCCUGAACCAGCGCGCUACCCCACAACAUAAGAACAAUUCCUGGAGCUUAAGCCACGAAGCAAUGUCAUACUGGAUGUCUGAAGUUGAAGCGAGAAUGGUGCAAAGGCGGCAUCACCUGAAGCAAGUCUGCGCAAAGUUGGAUUUGGAUGUUUACGGAAAUGAUUCUUUGCACCGUCCCAACCCAUGGGAAUUUCUAGUGAACCGACCACACCAUCUGGUAUGGUGCAAUGUAUUCAAAGCAGCUUCUACAUCAUGGAUGUACAACUUCAACAUCUUGGCGGGGUACAACCCAAAAUUUUUAAGAAACAGCAAAUUAGUGCCUCUGAACCUAGCACGACGUCGUUACCCGAGACCUUCGCUCCACGCACUGCAACAAGCCCUCAAUGAUUCUGUAGCUUUCCUCAUCGUACGACAUCCUCUGGAGCGACUGCUGUCGGCGUACAGAGACAAGAUUCAGUUCUCACUGCCUCACACCUUGCAUCAAAAGCUUGGCAAUGAAAUCAUACUUAAAUAUCGUAAAAACAAGCAGAAGGUCAAAGGAUCACGAAACAAGUCUACACCUAAAAAGCCUCGCUGGCCAACAUUCUCAGAAUUUGUGCAGUAUCUGGUGAAUGUCCAACAGAAAGGAGAUCCAUUUGACAUGCACUGGGCUCCAAUCACCCACUUUUGCACUCCAUGCCAAGUAGAUUUUGAUAUCAUAAUGAAGUUUGAAACUCUACAGGAAGAUCAGAACUAUCUGAUUCAUCAAGCUGGCUUACAGGACAUCAUCCGGCCUGAGUGGAAAAAUCCGGCUAAGGGCUGCACCACUACCGAACUCGUUACCAGCUACUACUCCCAGCUUACUAGAGCACAAAUACUACAACUUUACCAUAUUUAUAGGUAUGAUUUCGAGCUGUUUGGUUACACCCUGGAUGGUUACCUACAACUCGGGAUGACUGAAUCUAACAGCGCAGGCAGUCCAGCUACAUGACAAAAUGUGACACAUUCCUAGCUUUUUAAUUGGUGCUAGAAUCUGGCAACGUCAAUUCAAUGAUUUAGAUCACGGUGGUCUAUGGAAUUUGAAACGACUAUAAAUCUCACUGUAUGCUAGGCAGGAGUUUCAGAUUUUCAUUUCAUUUCAUUAUACAGAAAAGAUGGAAAAAUUUAAUUGCCAGUAAUUAGGACUAAUGCUGUCACAAAUAUUCAAAAAUGCAAUAUUCUCUACUUCAUACAGUUUUUAGUUUAGUUCUCUUAGAACCAAACGUCCGUAUACGUACGAGAGCUGAAUACUGAAUAUCACAUAUUAGAAGUAUUAAAUGUUUCAUACAUACAAAAGAAAUCCACUGAUAUUGCGACACCAAGCAUGACGGAUUCGGCGACAGUAAAAUUUCCCUUUUUAAGUAUUCACAACAAUAAUUCAUGUUCCAAAUCUAAAACUUCUCGACGAUGGUGAAGAGUCCGGAGAUAGGGAUUAGCUCUAUCUAGUGGGCCCAACUGUGUAGGAACCUGAAGACGGAGAUAGAGUCCCAUCUCCGAAACGUCGUUUUUACG